AUGAAGUUCACCACUGUCAUCACCUCCCUCCUCUGCCUGGCAGCUGCCCCGUUGGCUCUCGCAGAGGACGACGUCACAUCGACUGCGACGACCACCAUCACCAAGACUCUGAUCCGGGUCAACUCGGUGACUCCCACUCCCACCCCGAGCUCCAGCAUGGUUACCGUGUCGGCUACCUCGACCCCUCUGUCUCGUGCUUCUUCGACCACCUCGGCUGUCGCAGCCGCCAGCUCGACUGGCGCUGCUGUGAACCUGGGCGCUGGCGUGCCAGCUGCCCUUAUCGCGGGAUCUUUCGCUCUCAUCAUGGGCCAGGCCCUGUAA